AUGGCAGCCAUCAGGAAGAAGUUGGUGAUAGUUGGUGAUGGAGCUGGGAAGACCUGUCUGCUCAUCGUCUUCAGUAAGGACCAGUUCCCAGAGGUCUACGUCCCCACUGUGUUUGAGAACUACAUCGCUGACAUUGAAGUUGAUGGCAAACAGGUGGAGUUGGCGUUGUGGGACACAGCAGGUCAGGAAGACUAUGACCGACUGAGGCCUCUCUCCUACCCCGACACAGACGUUAUCCUCAUGUGCUUCUCCAUAGAUAGCCCCGACAGUUUAGAGAACAUUCCCGAGAAAUGGACGCCUGAAGUCAAACACUUUUGUCCCAACGUCCCGAUCAUUCUCGUGGGUAACAAGAAGGACCUGAGGAAUGAUGAACACACACGCAGGGAGCUGGCCAAGAUGAAACAGGAGCCUGUGAAGUCUGAGGAGGGCAGAGACAUGGCCAACCGCAUCAGUGCCUUUGGCUACCUGGAGUGCUCCGCCAAGACCAAGGACGGUGUGCGGGAGGUGUUUGAGAUGGCCACCAGAGCAGCGCUGCAGGUCCGCAAGCGCAAGAAGAGGGGCGGCUGCCAGCUUCUGUGAAGGGACGGAGUCUGUUGGCCAAUCAGCACCCGAGGGAGGAUCCCCCCUCCUUGCACACAGAGCAAACCUAGAGAAACCUUAAAUCAAUGGCUUCCGUGGACUAUACUUACUUCACAGAUGCAGAUAUGCCACAGGAGAAUAUGAAAGACUGACACACCUGUUUAGAAGCAAAACAAAUCAGCCUUUUUUUUUUUUAACUCUAUUUCCUCUGCUACUCACACACCUUUGUUUCUGUUUGUCUGCUGUUCUGUUUUCUUCCACCAGCAGACCAGCCUGUUGGUGUGAAGGACCUGUCCCCCCUCUUAUAUUAAUGUGUGUUUGUAUUUAUAUGUGCAUAUACUUUACAAAUAUAUCAUUACUGUGUUAUUGUUUACAGAGAAGGGUCUUGUAGCUCACAUGCCUCCUGAAUGGCAAGACAGUUUUAAGAUUUGCUUCAAUAGUAUGGAACCCCUGCCUCUCUUCAACCUGCAUGUCCCACUGUCUCCUUAUACAUCAGCUUAGCUCACGAUCCCCCUAUAUGUCACACCACUAUUCAUUUGUGUUUGGUCAGCACAGGUCUAUGUUCCUCAGCAUUGUCUUCUGGCAUUAAGGAUUAAAUUUAGAGCCUUUAGAGCACUCUUCAUUUAUCCACUGACACCUUUCCUAAACCGAAGCAGCAGCAACUAUUUGUGUGGAGAGGUUUUGGACUGCACCUUGCUGUGUCUUUCUUCCAUGGUGAUGGCUUAAACCGGCACUGGAGACAGUGGUCUAUUGUCAUGGACACAGUACUCAGUCACGCUCACUCUGGCUCUGAGUCUGACAGACCUGCCUCUACCAAGACGUCAACUCCGUUCCCAAACGAGCCUUCUGUCUGAACGCUGCACUGAGAGUAAAAUGAGAUCCAGUAUACAGUCAUUAUGCAUCACUUUAUACUGAAUCUACAGGUUUCUCGUCUUGACACACAAUGGAUGCACAAUGUAUACAAUUCAGACAUAUUAUAGGUAUAUUCUGUGCAUAAAAGUUUUAAUAAAAUUUCCAGUUGACAGCUCAAA